AUGCAGCCAGCAUUCAUUUCCUGCUUGAUUUUCGACCUAGUAUGUCCUUUUGGCCUAAAAGCCUCCAUUGUGACUCCUCCUCCUCCUCCUCCACCUCUUGUCACUUGCUCUUUAGCACAUUCCUCCACAUUUCUCCACUAUCUCACUCCCUUGGGCAGGCACUCUGGCACUCCUCUUGCUUUUUCUCUCUCUUCAACUUGUCCCGUUGGAGCCUGGCCCCUUUCAUUUCCCUCAGCUGCAGCAAACAUGGGUAUCGUGAGCCUAUCCGAGGACUCGGCAAAAGACAGCCAGCGUUUCCUUCCAUUCUGAGGGAGGAGAAAAGCACUUUUUUCUUCUUCUUCUCCUUCUUCCCAACGCCAGAAUGAAGUGACAGGGAGGGCCGAGCGUUCCGUACAUUCCCAGAGCAGUGACAAGAUGAGCGUCAAGAGGAAAAAGAGCGGGCUGAUUAUCCGUUGGCAGAAGUCAUUCUCCGUCCUGGCUCCUUGGAGGAAAGGCAAAGCGGCCCGAGAGCCAGUGGUGGACAGUGGCGUUGUGCUGACCAAACUCAAGCUAUUUGGCUACUUCCCUGCUCCUCUCUCCGCACACAAGCUGUCAAUGCGUGGCUCCAAAGACUCUUUGGUGGAAUUUCAGCACCCUGAUGACAAGUCAGGACAAAGUGGUCCACGCUACGGCAACGCAGACUACCUGCCGGCAAUUUUCUCAGGCUCGCAGCUGAGCGCCUUGUACAAGUUUGAGUCCGAGGACUCUGGAGCGGAGUUGUCCAGCGCUAACUCUCCGUCCACGGGCUCCGACCAGAGCUUUGACGUCCACAGUCGCCAAUGGUCUUGUGACUCGUCUCGUUUAAACUCGGAGCCUUGGACGCGCUCUGCUCGGCAAAGCGGACAUGGACAGCGCUGUGACGUUUCUCACUCAGAAGUUGGGAUCGGCUCUUCAAGAAGGGAGCUGCACCUUUGUGAGGAUCUGGAAAGAGAUGAGCGGGAGAUGAUUGAAAAGCUCAACUUCAAGGCUUGUAAGCCAUCGGACCAUGACAUGAAGGGGAACGCCGCUCGUGACGACAAAUGCUGCGUACUCCAUGAGACACAGGAAUGGAGCUCCAAUCCUUUGGGCUCAGGACUUGGCUAUUUGGAGCACAUCUGCCAGCUCAUUGAGAAAAUCAGCCAGCUGCAGGAGAACAACCUUGGUCUUCAAAAGCAGAUCUGCCGCUUGCAGAAGGACGCCCGCUUGGCAAAGACCAAAGAGGACUUGUUCCAAGCCCAUUGCAGCUGCGCUGCAGCCACGCUGGCCUUUGAGGACACGGGCCUUGAUUUGUCCCGCAGCGGAACACUCUCCGAUCUGUCCGCCGUCCCAGAGGUCUCCCGCCAGCCGCUCGCAUCAGCUCGGCCGACUAAUGGCGGAUCAUCGGGGCCUGUGCAGGGGACCCCAUCCGGGGGGAGGCACAUCCAGUCAGAGAAAAGGGGGACGGAAAAUGGACCGGCGAGCACCGAAUCGUUUCCAGCGUGAAAGGCCGCCGCAAGUCACGUGGGCUGGUGCGCAUGCAGAAACCUUUGGCCGGCCCGGCCCGGCCCGGCCACCUACCUACUCGCAGGCUGACACGCUGCUGAUCUUAGCAGUGUUCUCGGUCCAAGGUUGCAGAUUCUGCAGGGCGAACAAAGAGCUGUUCUGCAGGCAUAGCGGGUCCGGUGUCACCGGUUGGUUGAUGGACUUCUGGAAGGCCUCCUGCUGCAGUUGCAUGAGAAUCCGGUUGGCUUGCUGCCUCUCCGCCUCUCUCUCCUCCGCCGUCUGCCGCCUGCGCAACCAGGCCAGCGCGCGCACGAAUCCCAAAGAAUACAAAUCAAUCAAUCAAUCAAUCAAUCAAAUGUUCGUUUGUUUUGAAGUAGGCCACGGUAUUUGUUCUCAUUGAACUUGCAUAGCAUCAUGGACAUUUUGUCGUGCAGGCUUAAAUUCGUUCAUUGUUCAUGCUUUGAUAAAUAGGCUUCAAAUAAAGGAUUUCUAAAUCA